AUCAGGCAUCCCCCGGCUCCGACGAUUGGGCAUCCUCGUCUGUGAGCCACCGGUGCCUGAGCGCUUCUGCCGCAGUGAGCCUCUUGUCCUCGUUGACGCACAGCAAACCACACAAGACCUCGCCCGAGCCUGUGACAGGUCCGACGGCAGGCCCUUGAACGCCGCUACCCCGCGGGAGUCGAUCUCGUGGCCCAGUUGUAUCACCUCCAUGAGGAGGUCCGCGUCUACCUCGACGUCCAUGAAGAGGGGCUCGCCGGCGAGGAGCUUGAACAUGACGCACCCGAGCGCCCACACGUCGACUGCCGCGCCGUACCACCGGCUGCCUCUGAGCUGCUCCGGCGCGAGGUACCAGAGCGUGCCGAUGGAGCACGGGUCCCCGGUAGGGCGGGCGUACCGGCAUGGCCAUCCCGAAAUCGCAGAUCUUAAGGGCGCCGCCGGGGUCGACGAGCACGUUCUCAGGCUUGAUGCCGCGGUGCGGCAUGCCCGUGGCGUGCGCCGCCACGCCGCGCAGGAGCUAGGUCAUGGCGGCCCGCGCGCGGGGCUCUAGGAAGGCAUCCGCGAGCAGGGGCGGAGGCAGCGUGAUGCCUCUGUAUUCCCGGGAAUACCCAAUAUUUUUUUUGCAUUUUUUAAAAAUCAAGUAUACUUCCAAGUUUUUACACAUAUACAUAUGGUGUUGGCCUUAAAUCCUCCUACCAAGCCAACCCAAAAGGUCCAUGAGUCCACAAAUCGAUCCCUGGCCUCUAGGACUCCUUUCUAUCGAUCCUCUCGGCUUCUCGGCGCUCGUCCACUCAGCAUCUUUCCCCAACUCGCAAAAUUGAAUCCCUACCCCAAAUUAGCAAAUUCCAAACCCUACGCAGCGAUUAACCAAGGCAUCGAGCAACAGGAGGAUUGGAUUCCGCCUCCGGCCUCCGCGAUGGCGGCGGACGGCUAGCUCAGGGCCUCGUGCGCAUGCUCCGUAGGCCGCAGCUCCGCUAAGGUCGUGUGCACGGCUGCACAGCAGGUCGCCGGCAGGCCGGGAGAUGCUUGGGCAGGCCAGCAACCUAGCGGCGGAGCGUAAGGCCCUCGAUGAGCUCCGUGACGAGAAAGAGGUCCCCGGUGGCCGCGUCGGUGGCCAUGUCGCGGAUCUGCAGCAUCGAAGGCGUCCUGCUGCUGCCGCGGGUGGUGUGGAUCCACCACAAGAGAGAGUGGGGAGAGGUGAAGAGCAAGAGUGACGGAAGAGGUAAAACGAAGAGCGAGGGAGAGAGUGAAGUGUACCAACCUAUACAAUAGAUGGAAGGCACUGUAAAUAACGGAAGAGAUACUUUCUAGCAAUAUUCAGAAUAGUAUCAGACGGCAAAGGCGGGUCUCCCGUGUCCGUAAUCUAUUUCUCAAGGCGACUUCGCAAUUCCAGUAAAAUCAGCAGAUGCCGCCGCCGGAGAAGCAGAAGCGGCAGCUCGCCCGCCUCUGCGACCUCGUCGCCGCCUCCCUCCUCCCCCACCUCGAAGCCGAAACAUCGCCGCCACGGCAGCUCACGCGGGAGGACGAGCGGCGCCUCCUCCUUGCGCUCUCCAGGGUAAACAAGGCAAUUCGAGGAUGGAACCAGGAAGAGGAGGAGGAGGAGGAGGAGCAGCGAUGGUGUGAAUCCGAUCAGAAAAUUGCUUCAUGUUCUGGAGAAGGCCAUAGUUGCUGUUUACCACCUGGACAGCAGCCAUAUGAUGGAUUUGGCUGCCUGGAAAGUACGGUCUCCAUAUUGGUUGGUGUCCUUGGUUUCUGUAGUGACUAUGUCAAACACUCAGCUGGCAAUAUCCUGGUUUCCAUAUCCAGUGCCCUAAUUAAGUUUGAAUCUAUUUGGAUUCAGUUUAUUGAGCUCGUCUGGAUAGCUAUACAUGCAGCAUCAAAAUGUGUUCAUAGGUGUUUGGAUGCAACCCUGGCUGAGGCAGCUCCAGCCAGGCAGUGCCGCGAGCUGCAGGUAUCCGAAAUCGGACACCUGGGAGUGCUGCCUGGACCAGGCAAGCUUUCCAUGGUGCAAAGCAAACAGGCCGAUAAUGCUUUAUCUUCUACAACUGACUCCAACAGCCACAACAUUACUUGUUCAAGCACCAGCAUCACAAGCUUCAUGACAGUACUUGACCAGUGUGGUCUCAAUAUCAGUGGGCAAAUAAUGCCCAGUCUCUUUCAAGUGUUACAUGCUAUCUUAAAGUUCCUUAAACACAGUGACAGUGAAUUGAAAGACAACUUCAUUUGUCUAUCCGUUCAUCAUAUUCAGAACAUGCCUUGGGUUAGUUUCCACCAAUUACAUACCGGAGAACUUGCCAACUGUGUCAAGGAUAGCGGAUUUGGCUUCUGUAAUGAUUCAACACAGUCCGGAAUCCUGACAGGCAGUCUUCUCCAGCUACUGUGUUCAUUACUUGAGCAAAGUUACCUGGAAGGUACAAAUGGACAAGAUAUGUAUGUGAAACUCGUGGAUAUAGUUCCCAAGAUAGCAACUUCUUUACAGGUGCAACAUGAUGGUCCCGAAAGCCUUUAUCAGUACUUAAAGCACAAAAUUCUGAUGGUAAUGAUACGGCUAAAGCCUUACAUACAGCAAGAUUGUUCGCAUAUUGUUUGUUGUCUGAAAUUACUUCGGCAGUACUUUCAUGACCCUAUUCACGAACCUAUCUCACAACAUAUUGCUAAACUAGAUAAUUGUUUAGAAGGAUCUCCUUUUUUGUUGAACAUGGUAGGUUUAGUUGAGAGUCAGGAUAAGUCGACUCGGCACUUGCAAAGGCAAGCUAUUUAUUUGUUCCUUAGUUGUUGCAUACGUUUGUCUUGCAACAGAAAUGAUGGCACAGUUAAAUGUUCAUCCAAGAGGAAUGAUUGUUUCUUGGGCCACAAAGUGCAAGGCUGCAGUGAUCACUGCAGUUGUGUUGGCUUAUCAGAAAUUUCAGACUGGUUUCAGAGGUGUUAUUUAGACAUGAGUUUUGAUUCAAAAUCAUCAACAGAUUUUGCGUUAUCCUUUCUGGAAUUGUAUAUGGAGGAGGAUGACAUGCUAUUCAGUAUUCUCUUACAGCUUUUAGAUGCUCCACUCAUUUUCCUGAAAAUAGAUAACAUGAAAACUACUGAACUGAUUGGUGCAAAACUGUUCUCAAGUAUUUUCGACCCAAUUCAUCUUUUCCAUCUAUUGCUUUUGCUGCUGCACUAUGAUCACAUGGUACUAGUUGACUACCUCAUAUCUAAAGAUGUUGGUGUGCAUUGUGCUCAAUAUCUCUUAAGGUGCCUACGCUUGGUUUCCCAGUCUUGGCAUGCUUUUGUAGAUGAUUCCGUUUACUUGACAAAAAUAGAAAGACUUGACUGUAAAAGACAGAGGACAUCCAGGGAUAUAAAUAGUGCUGGAGCCUGCUCAAGUAAAGAGUAUAAGAAUGGUUCUGGUUGUGAUAAAGAAGCCAAGAAUUCACAGAAGCUUUUCCUUGAUGCUAAAGUAUGUCUUUAUUCAUUAAAGAGAACAGUGGAAGAUCUGCAAAAGAAGGGUUUGUUCCCUUACAAUCCAAAGCCCCUCCUUAGAAGCCUGGCCAGGUUUGAGCAGCUGUGUGAGCAGGGAUGAAAUUUGAGUUACAUAAAGUGAGGACUACUAUUUUUAAGGUUGAAGAGUGGCCUUUUGAUAAUAAUCAGAUAGUUCUUCAGUCAUGACUUGGUUUGGUUCGAUUUAUAUAUUUGGUAAAAGGGAAGUGUAAAUGCAUCUUCCCAUCCAUUAUCUGAUCUAGCACUUGGACAUGGAACAUUUCAGAAAUUGCUAAGAUCGACGUGUGGAUAUGUUUUGGUCUAUCUUUCAUGGUGCAGAAUGAUGCACGCAGAAAGAUGGACACAGGAGAGAUGCAUGGUUGCAUGAGGUAGAAUUUGACCCAUGACUUCAGAAGACAAUUUUGUCACUGUGAAGUCUUUAAAAAUAGGCAAGUAAGGAGUGAUACAUCAUAAGACCCACAUGAUGUGUUCACCUUUGGAUUGCAUAAAUCUGGAUUAUUAUAAACUGAAGGGAAAUGUUCUGAAGUCAGCUGGAUAUAACGAGAGCAUGGGCAUGGUUCAUCUGGAGGAAGCUGGUAGUGUAUCAUCUGUGGGGCCUGGUAGCAUAUCAUCUGGAGGAAGUUGGACAAUUGCAGACCAUGAAAGACAUUAUUUAGCGUAUCACCUAAUUGAAAACUGGAGAUUCAGUGGGGUUGCACAAAUAGUGGAGCAAAUCAACAGUCUAAAAUGCACAAUAACUGGGCAUAAAAACACUGAUAUGAUGAUAUCGUAUACAUUGCCUUUUCGCGAAAAAGGCAUUUGCCUGUAAAAGUUCGUAGAUUUCCAAUUUAUUGUUUCACAAGCUUUUCAAGACAUUGUUUCACCCUAUGCAAGACAUUGUUCCCCCAAAACAGGGGCAAAUCUUAUGGGCACCUCCUACAUGCUAGCACUUUCUAACUGUUUGCAACAUUAAGUAAACAAAUACCUGAAGAGUUAUUUGAAUUAUGAGAUCUGUGGCUCUUUU